AUGGAUUAUGACCUGUGUGAACAGUUUGAUACAUUGAGAGAAUAUUUACCCGAUGAAUUAGAAAAACAUAAACCAGCCGAUUUUAAUAAAAAUGAGAAUAUUAAGUAUUACUGCUCUAAUAGAGAAUCAGAGGAAAAAGAUUGUGAGACAGAUCUCGAUCAAAUUAAGGCUGGAUGUUUAUGGUUGUUUGAGCAAUUGUUUUUGGAAAAUAAAAAAAAUACCAAUACUGUUCAAUACAUUAUCAUAUGGUUAAGUUAUAAACUAAAUCAAAAGACGUAUAAUGGAAUCAACAAUUUAAAUGAUUUUUACAAUAAAUGUAUAAAAGAUAAUACGCAUUAUACUAAUUGUAAACAAGAUGGUCAAGAUUGUAGUAAGCAAUUAAAUGAUCGUAUAGGUUAUCAAAAUUAUAAGGAAAUCAUAAAUGGAAGAAAGAGUUUGUUGAAUAUUAAUAUUGAAAAUAUGUCUAAAUUUUAUGAUGCAUUUAAAUUAUUAUGUAACAUGUAUACUGAACUUAAUGAAAACAACACAAUAUCUACGAAAUCUAUAGAAAGUGCUAAAAAAUUUGUUGAAACAUAUAAUGAACUUGAUAACGAUUCUGGUAAUACUAAAGGUGAAGCCUAUCAUCAAGUAUUGUCUACAUUAUUAAGUGAUUAUAAUAAUUUUAAAAGUUCUUGUGUUGAUAGCGUUGAUUGUAACAAAAUUCCAUCCCUUACAUCGUCAGAAACAGAAGAAAGUGGUAUGCAAAGUUCUGAAAAGAUUUGUGAUGAUACACCAAGCUUGUCGAUAGUAAAAAAAUUAAUUCUAGCUUUAUUAAUAUUCAGUACAAUAUCAAUCUUUUUGGGAAUUUUUUUUAAGUGUUCGUUAUUUGUAUUACGGAAAAGAGCUCAAAAAGAAUAUUUAAGAGAAAAGCUAAAAAAUAUAAAGAAGAGAAUGAAUCAUUAA